GUGUAAGGGGUUGAUGAGGGCAGGUGGGUGGAAUCUAAUGGGAGUAGGCCAUUUGAGGGGCACCGGAAAUUCUCCUUCCUCCCACUCCCCAUAUGCUCCUUCUGGACUCCUGGAGGCAGUUGCCAUGGGAACACUCCCUUUUAAAAAAAAAGAUCCCCCAGAGAUUCGUCCUCCCCUCAGUCUUUGCUCCAGCGUCUCUCCUACUGUCCCUCUCCUCUCUCCUCUUUCAUCCCGUCUGCCUUCGGUUUCCAGACUGUGUCUCUUUGGUUUUCUGCGUUUUCUCCCUGUGUUUCGGUCUGCCUCUCUGUCAGCUCUAUCUUCCCCCACUCUGUUUCUUCCCACUCCUCUCUCCUUCACCAUUCAUCCCUCUUUCCUUCUGUCGCCUCCUCUCGCCUGCAUCUUUUAAUUAUUUUUCUCAUCCUCCCCCCAUCUCGUUUUCCCUUGUCGUGGCUCUCCGCCCCCUUCUCCAUCUCCUCCUCCGUCUCGUCCACGUUAACCCGGGGCCACUGGCCCUACCCCCUCCUGCGUCGUCCCCUCUCUAGCCGGCCAAGGCUGGGGCAGGGGGCGGGGUGGGGCGGGGCUCGUCUGUCGUCUCCUCGCCCCCAGCCCCCUCCCCUUCCUUGGCCUCCUCCCUCUUCUCCCCCUUCCCCUCGGUUCGGUGCCGAGGCCCUACUGCCCGGUCAGGCCCUCCCACGGGGACCCAGGUGUUCGAGCUGCUGGAGGCUGAAGUAUGAACAUUGGAGCAAAAGCCAAAGCCGGGGGCAGCCGACCCCUGGCUCCCCGCCUGCCCAGCUCCUCAGUACCAGGGCCUCUUGGGACUCCUAAAAGAUCAGGAACAGUGCCCCUACGAGCCACUGCUGAACCCCGAACUGUGGUGAAGAGGUCUCCAGGGGAACAGGCAGGAAGAGCAACCGCUGUCCCCAAGGUGACCACAGCCCUAUCUGGGCCCCCCAGAACCAGCAAGACAGGCUACAAUGUUCCUAGCACAGUGUCCAGGCAGCCUUUGGUGAGGAAAGCGGAACCAGCCCCAGGUGCUGGCCAAGCUUCCAGGAAUGACCCUUCUCCAAGAAUGUCUCCCCUUCAGACUGGUCCCUCCACAAGCAGGCCAGGGUCUCAGGGCUCCAAAGUGUGCACCCUAGCCAAGCAAGUCCGCUCUGCCCCAGCAGAGUCUGCAGCCAAGGCUAAAACAGCACUAGCUUCUACCCCCACAGGACGGAGCAAUGUGGCCCCAGCAGAGGCCAGGAGAGAUACUGCUCGACCAGCUCAGGGAGCCCAAGCCUCAAGGGCUGGGCUCCCUGGGUCACGUCUGCCUGGAGCCUCAGGACCUGAACCAGGGUCUCCGCGGGCUCCCCCCAAAUCCAAGGCCAGGCCCUCUCCCCUGCCCAAAGCCACAGCCCCUAGAAGAACCCCCAAGAGCCCUGGGGACCCUGUCUCCAGCCCAGCCUCUAUGGCCAGGAGGAAGUCCAGGGAAGGUUCUGUCGGGGUUCAGUCCCGCCUUCCUGGACCCACCCGUCGCCAGGACCGAGCCUCUACUGCCUCACUGGCCCAGCCCUCUCUUCAGGCCCCGCCCUCGACCGGCUCAGUAAUGCGGUCCACGGGUCCUUCCCUUCCCUCUAUACCUCCACCUAAUAGAAAAGAUAAGCAGGCCCACCCAUAGCCACGCCCCCUAAACAAGCCCUUCCCCCUUCCUUGCCCACACCUCCUCCAGAAGCCAAUUCUUCUCUGUCCACAUCUCCCCAGCAGCCCCUAUUCUCUCCCUUAGCCACACCUUCUCAACAAACCACGCCCCCUUCAUUGACCACACCCUCUCCACAAAUCAAAUCCUCUCUGUCCACAUCUCCCCAGGAGGCUCCACCCUCUCCCUUAGCCACAACUCCUAAACAAGCCCCUCCCCCUCCCUUGCCCACACCCCCUCCAGAAGUGAAUCCCUCUCUAUCCACAUCUCCCCAGCAGGCUCCACCCUCUCCCUUAACCACACCCUCUAAACAAGCCCCUCCCCCUUCCUUGCCCACAUUCCCUCUAGAAGCCAAUCCUUCUCUGUUCACAUCUCCCCAGCAGGCUCCACCCUCUCCCUUAGCCAUACCUCCUAAACAAUCCCCUCCCCCUUCCUUGCCCACACCCCCUCCAGAAGUCAAUCCCUCUGUCCAUCUCCCCAGCAGGCUCCACCCUC